AUGUCCUUAUGACGCGGCAUGAGGUGUUUUUGGGAAGUCCAUCGGGAUGUCCACCGGGACAUCCGCACAAUUGCGGAUGCUCUAACAUUUAUGAAUUCUCUUUCCUAACUAUUGCUAAAAGUCAUAGCCAUGCCUUAUCAAUAGUAAGCAUUUGACUCCGGCAAGAUCUUAUAUUUUUUGACAAAAAAAUUACAUGUCUGGUGUAUGUUGGAUUCUUUUUCAGGUUAUUCAGUAAGUUUCUUCUACUGAUCAGUGCCUAACCUUUACAAGCUAAAGACGAGCAUAAUAUCAGCCUAUUUGUAGUUUACUUGAGCAAAAUGCAUAGUGUAAAGAAAUCCCCCUUGCCCGGUGUGUCUAAAUACACCUCAGGCGAUACCAUACGCCCUGUCUAUAAUCCUUCUAGUAACCCUUUUGAUUCUGAUGAUGAAAUGGAAAACAAGCAAACCUCAAAGAUAUCUGGAAGAACAACUUCUGAACCUUCUCCCUUCGCAUCAAAUUCAAGCACAAAUCACAGUGUAAAGAAAUCUCCCUUGCACAGUUUGUCUAAACACACCUCAGGCAAUACCCGACGCCCCGUCAAUAAGCCUUCUAGUAAUCCUUUUGAUUCGGAUUAUGAAUUGGAAAACAAGCAAACCCCCAAGAUAUCUGGAAGAACAUCUUCUGAACCUUCUUCUCUCUCCGCAUCAAAUUUAAGCACGAACCAUACUGUAAAGAAAUCUCCCAGCAAUCCUUUUGAUUCUGAUAAUGACUUGGCAAACAAGAAAAUCCCCAAGACACCUGGAAGAACAUCUUCUGAGCCUCCUCUCUUCACAUCAAAUUUAAGCACAAAUCAUUUUGAUGAUGAAGAGAGAAACAGUAGCUCCUCAUCUCAAAGAAGAUACAAGAAUGGUUUCAGCGACUCUGGCGGGCUAGAGAACCAGUCCAUUCAGGAACUAGAGAAUUGUGCAGCAUAUAGAGCUGAAGAGACUACGAAGGCUGUGAACAAUUGUCUCAAGAUUGCAGGUGACAUUAGAGAAACUGCUUCGGAAACUUUGGUUACUCUGCAUCAGCAGGGAGAGCAAAUUGCGAAAACUCAUAUGGUUGCAGCUGAAAUAGACCAUGAUCUCAGUAUGGGUGAGAAGCUUUUGGGAAGUCUUGGAGGCAUGUUCUCCAAGACAUGGAAGCCUAAGAAGAUGCGCUCAAUAACAGGCCCUGUAAUAACCCGAGAUGAUCCCGUUCAAAGAAAGAGUGAUCACUUGGAGCAGAGGGAAAAACUGGGUUUGACUUCUGCCUCGAAGGAAUGUACAAGAACACGUAUGCCAACCUCUGAACCCGCAAGUGCUAUGCAGAAAGUAGAGGUGGAGAAGGCGAAACAAGAUGAUGCCUUCUCAGAUUUAAGUAACAUUUUGGGUGAACUAAAGGAAAUGGCUAUUGACAUGGGAUCUGAAAUAGACAGGCAGAACAAAGCUAUGGACCAUUUUCAGGAUGACGUGGAGGAGCUAAGUUUCCGAGUGAAGGGUGCCAAUCAGCGAACACGUCACUUGCUUAGAAAAUAGAGGAUUGUCUCAGUAAUGUUUCAACAUCUACUUGGACCGCGUUAACAUUCAUCUCGUAACAUGUAAAUUGCAUGCUACGAUGCAAUCAAUGCACUAUUGGCUAUGAAAUUCUACCAAAACAGAUAUUUCGCUGUUCAUUGCACCAAGCUAAUAGCAAUUCGGGUCUUUUGUUCUCUA